GCGAUGCGACCUGCGAUUCAUGCGAUCUGUCAAAAAAACGUCAAGUUUAUUGAACGACGGUCGACUUUGCAGCCAGUUUAAAUUAAUUAUAAGCUUAAAACUAACGCUAAAGUGAUGAAGUAACACCGCAUCGAACAAAACCAGGACAAACUCAACAUCUCCACAUUUAAAAACUCAUGGCCAAUGCGCACGACGAGGACUACGAAGAAAGGUACUACUCGUCGGGACGCGACAGCGAUGAUAGCCCCAUACUCUACAACAGGUAUGCGACUCGCACGCAGAGAUCGCCGUCGCCGGAGCCGCGCACGCGCAGGGCGACGGUCACCGCCCUGGCCAAGUUCUUCCUGUUCUGCAUGGCCAUGAUUAUGUUCUGCGUGCUGCUCUACAUACCAGUUUAUAAUAAGGCCAAUGACCAAAUGUUUAAAGGUGCUGCCGUCGCAGGCUGGUCCAUUAACACAAACCGUGACACUAAAAUAUACGUUCAACCGAACAACGUGACCACCAUACACGAACCCAAACACAUCUGCCCCCCUCACACAAACAAGAAAAAUAACCUCUUCCUCCUCAUCAUUGUAUGCUCUUCCACCACACACUUCGACAGACGAGUAGCCAUCAGAGAAACCUGGGGUCACUACAAAACAUAUUUACAAUUAUCCAAAAUAUAUAACGAAACUAGGGAAAAAUAUAAAAAUUACAAUUACACUUACGAUUUGUACCCAUUAGAUAGUCAAAACAGUAGUGAGAAAACUAAAAGAGAUAUCAGCAGCUUCAAACAUUUGCUGCCUGAGUUAGCUAAGGCUCUUCAAAAAGAUCUAGCUGAUAAAAAUGAAGAGAAAACUGAAGUACCUGAAGAAAAGAGAUUCGAAGAUGAUGUUAUGCUACCUGAGUUUGAUAUGAAUAAAGAAUUAGGUGAAGAUAAUGAUUAUAAUUACGAUUACGAGAGCAACGUUAUGAAAAUACCUCCGAAAGGUUACGAAGAUAAUACUAAUUUAGAUAAAGUUCUUAAUAUGUUAAGAGAUAAGAAUUUUCUUAAAGAAGAUGAUGUUAAAGUUAAAGAAGACUUUAAGAUAGAUGGGGAACCAGAUUUCAAACUCUUGUUCCUUCUUGGUUUGCCAAGUAAUGAGAAUGACACAGAAGUACAGAGUAAGAUAGAAGACGAAGUACAAAAGUAUGGCGAUGUUUUGCAGGAGGGCUUUAUUGAUUCUUAUAACAAUCUCACUUUGAAAUCGAUUAUGAUGUUGAAGUGGGUUACAAAUAAGUGCAAUGAAAGCGUCCGCUACAUCCUAAAGACAGACGACGAUAUGUACAUAAACGUACCGGCACUGGUCACGAACCUGCGAAACCGCUCAAAAGACCACGACCUCAAACACCCGAGCAGCAAGGAGUACCUACUUAUUGGAGACCUUAUUUGUGGAGCAAGGCCCGUUGCUGAUAAACAUAAUAAAUGGUACAGCCCUCGAUAUAUGUACUCCGGACGCGUGUAUCCACGCUACCUGUCGGGUACCGGUUACGCGUUAUCCUCACCCACCGCUGCUGCCCUCUAUCGGGCCGCUUUGCACCAGAACUACUUCCAUUUAGAAGAUAUUUAUAUCACCGGUAUGUGCGCCCUCCGCGCAACCCCCGUCAUCCAGCCGCGCGACGACCCGAUGUUCUCGUACCAGCUCCUCGGCGCCGGCGCGCGCGCAGCCUGCGCGGCGCACGCGCGCGUCACGGCGCACCACGUGCCGCCCGCCAAGUUGCACGCCAUUGAGCGGCGGCUGCUGCAACCCGCCAAGGUUGAUCAGUGUGAACGGUUAAGACUAACGCAGAUGAAAGAGCCCCAACAUAAACUAUAUGUGUUGUACAAGUACAUAAAAAUGCUGGUAUCUCCUGAAUGCUAGUGGCGUAGCUAAAUUACAUACAUACGUAUUCCUGUAUUUACAAAAUAGGUAGACAGAGCACAUGAAACUGCUCAAAUACCAGUGCCACUUUUAGCUAUUAAGGGGUUGAAAGAAAACUGAAUUGUGAUAUUGUAGUGGCAGUCGAUUUCUACGACACCCACAGAAGGAAAGGGGAUGUAUUUCCAUUUUUUGUGUAAUAUACAUAUAAAUGUGGCUCAUUCGUAAUAAAAUUUUAUAUAAAAUAAAUUAUUAAAACGCAAAUUAAAACUAUAUCCCAGAUAUCAUCGAUGGAGGAUAAAUACGUAUCGGCAAUUACUUAAAAAGCGUACUAUAAUAGUAGAAUUAAAUGUAGCAAAAAUAUUUUUACAUAUCAUGUGGCUCAAAUUAUACCCGUAAUGUUAAAAAAUAUAAUAAUUGGUUACCUACUAACGCAAUUUAUUUUUUGGACUUUGAGUCUCGAUUUCAUUAUAUGUAUAAAUUAUAU